GUUGCCCUAUAGCAAAUCCUUAUCCCCCUGCUCUUAAUAUGCGCCAGCGCUUACAUGCGUCAGCUCACAUUUUGCUGUCUGCUCUGAGCCGCAUCUAGGCGUGUCUGGAUUGAGGUGGGUUUAUUCCAUUCCCUGCCGGAUUUUUUUUUUCCAUCGGAUUGAUAGGCCAAUUCACAUCUAGCCCUUCACGAUGUUCAAUGCCGAACGACAACGUCUCCUGGGUUCCUGCAGAUGGUGCCCCGAUGAGGGACAACUCGGCUACUUCGAGGCUUGGACCGAUGGCAGCGCCGGUCCCGUCGCAGGCAACUACAGAACCGGGUUCCUGGACGACGACGAGGUCGAACAAUGGCUUCACCAACAGGGCCGGUUCUCCCGGCGGGCGAAGCCUGGCCAGGCCAGACCAGCCAUGCGUAUCCGCCUCCUGAUGUGCGAGCGCGUGGGCUGGCUCCCCGUGGGCUUCGCGAUGAGCCGGUCCUCUUUCCUGGCCAUGGAGACGGCCUUUCGGCUCUCGACCGAGACGCUGCCCAUCCUCGUGGCCAAUAACGGGAGGCAGUACUCCAACCUGCGGUUCAGCGAGGACAACGACAGCAGGCUCGAGUCUAUAGCCCUCACGGUCAAGCUCCCUCAGAUGUUCCAGCUGGGGAACCUCGGGCUGGCAAUGUCCCACCACCUCGAAACGGGCACGACGGUGGCGUUCCUUCACGGCUGGAACGUCUUCUCCAACCGGAACUACGUGACGGACGAGCCAACCGUCUCCCACGCGGAGGACUUGUGCGGCAUGAUGCAGUCGGCGACCACGCUCUGGGCCCACCCGCUGUUCCUGCCCGCGGUCCUCGUGCGGGAACACCUGUCGAGGGCCGAGGCGUUCAAGAGCCGGUUGGAGCCCAAGGUGACGGAUAUCGAGAGGGGCCUCGGGGUCACCAGGUCCGCGCGGCUGGUGGGUUUGGAAGUCAACGCGUCCGUCCAGCACAUGGUCCAGGACGACCAGGAGAGGCUCCGGAUCACGGCGCGCCUGAACACGACGGCGACGGAUGUCGUCAACAUGCUCGGGAUCCUGGAUUGGGACCUGCAGCACGUCAAGUUCCUCGGCCGCGUCAACGACGACCUGGGCGCGCUCCACGGCCGAAUGUCCCCCGCGGCGGACGCCGAGCUGCGCAGCGUCGUCGAGUACCUCGAGUGCGAAGCGCUGUCCAUCGUCUCGUUUGUCGGCACGAUGAAGUCGAGGCUGGAUCUCCAGCUCAACGUGCUUUACAACUUCAUCGCCCAGGCGGAGAAUAACCUCAACAUGAAAAUCGCUGCGAACGCGGGACUCGACAGCACAGCCAUGAAGACGCUCGCCGUCGUCACCAUGGUCUUCCUGCCCCCGACCUUUGUUGCCACAAUCUUCAGCAUGUCCAUGUUCGACUGGCAGGGCUCCUCUUCGACAGCAGGGGAGACCAACGGGACGGUCGUUCCCGAGUUUUGGAUCUACUGGGCGGUGAGCGUACCUCUGACGCUCGCCAUUGUGAUUGGCUGGCGCUUCUGGUGGCAUUUUCAAAAGGGGUACUACGAGAACAAGUAUCUAAGCGUGAAGCCGAGCGAGGUGCCUAGGUCAAGGAGAAGGGGGAGCGGUGGUGCUUGAUCCGUGGGUAGCAUGUGUCAGUUCGGUAGGGGUUUGUAUCGCCGAAGUAGCCAAGCAGGACGCUUGUUCACUCUGCCUACCCCGGGACUUGUCUGCAGCUCAAUCAUAGAUCGAAAACACGGUGUCAGGAUUAACAUAGCGCUGGAAUGGGUUGGCCUUGCGAAUUCGAUAUGGCCCGACUCCAGAGACAAUGUCAGGUUAUUCCUUGGAAGAGUCCCUUCUGGGUACUGUGACGAUGAGCCUCGGUUACGUGAGAAUCAUGAAAAGAGAAG